GUUUGCCAUGUAACUGGUGGAGAUGCGUUGGUCAUUCCGUUGUGCGUGUUGUCUUGACGACAGAGGAGGAUUGGUAGAGAGAGACAGAGAGAGAGAGUCUCUGCUGCGGCGGAGCUGCAUUAAGAGGUCUCUACUAUCUCAGCAGCUCUGCGGAGCUCAUUCAUAUCUUGUCUGCAAGGUGUCAGAAUUCAUGUACCCAAUGUGCGACAAUGGUCCACCACUCCUGCUCGAUUCAGUCCUUCAAGCAGCAGAAAGGUAUGCAUACAAGCAUAAGUCAGAUAAUUAAAGACAAAACACUGAAGCCAUCCAGAAGAAGUUUGCCAUGCCUUGCUCAGAGUCAGACUCAUCCUCAGAACCUGAACAGAACACUCUCUUUGCAUCCAGCAGAUCAGAUUCAGUCGAAGCCUGUGAGUGCUGGCUCAUCCACAGUGAAUGUCCCCUGCAAGAAAGGUGGAGGUAAGGAUGUCUAUAUUGAGGAGGCAGAACACACCACAUAUGACUCACGGACAGAUCAGUCUCUUCUAAUCCAAAAAACACCAAAUCAUCCCAAACUCGAAGCUCGCACAGAGUCAUUGCAGGAAAACAAUUCUUCUGUACCAUCAAGCUUAUUAUUCCGAGAUGGCAAGAAGAGAAUUGACUACAUAUUAGUUUAUAAAAAAUCCAGCCUUCAAGUUGAGAAACGGUGCACCUUUGAGAGGAACCUUAGGGCAGAAGGCUUGAUGUUGGAGAAAGAGCCAUCACUGACCAAUGGGGACAUCAUGUUUGUAAAGAUUCAUGCUCCCUGGGAGACACUGUGCAAGUAUGCAGAGCAGAUGAACAUCCGGAUGCCUUUCAGAAAGAAGUGUUAUUUUACUGACUGGAAGAGCAAAUCCAUGGGCAGGUGUCAGCGUCACAUUCGACAACUAAAGAGUUGGUUGCCAAAAAACCCCAUGAAGCUGGACAAGGAAGCUUUGCCAGACCUUGAGGAAACAGACUGUUACACCGCACCAUUUUGCCAGGCCCGGAUGCAUCACUUCACUAUCAACAAUAAAGAAACAUUUUUUAGUAAUUCAACAAGGAGUCGAAUUGUCCACCAUGUGCUACAGAGAACUAAAUAUGAAGAUGGUAAAUCAAAAAUGGGAAUCAACCGGUUGCUGGGUAAUGGAACCUAUGAAGCUGCUUUUCCACCACAUGAGGGCAGCUAUAAAAGUAGACAUCCAAUCAAAACACAUGGUGCUCAGAACCACCGACAUCUGUUGUAUGAGAGAUGGGCACGAUGGGGUAUGUGGUACAAGUAUCAGCCUUUAGAUUUAAUCAGAAGAUACUUUGGAGAGAAGAUUGGCCUAUACUUUGCUUGGCUUGGUUGGUAUACUGGGAUGCUGAUUCCUGCUGCCCUUGUUGGCCUGUUUGUUUUUCUUUAUGGCUUAUUCACAAUGGACUCUAGUCAGGUCAGCAGGGAGAUUUGUGAUGCCAAUGACACCAUUAUGUGUCCAAUGUGUGAAAAGAACUGCUCCUCUUGGAAACUUAGCGACAGCUGCGUUUAUGCAAAGGUGACCCAUCUCUUUGAUAAUGGAGGGACUGUGUUUUUUGCAAUCUUUAUGGCAAUAUGGGCAACGGUGUUCUUAGAGUUCUGGAAGAGGCGGAGAGCAGAGCUUACUUAUGAUUGGGACCUGAUUGACUGGGAGGAGGAAGAGGAAGAGCUGCGCCCACAGUUUGAAGCCAAGUAUUCAAAGAUGGAGAGAGUUAACCCCAUCUCUGGGAAACCUGAGCCAUUCCAGCCUUUCACAGACAAACUGAGUCGCCUGAUGGUGUCUGUCUCUGGAAUCUUCUUCAUGAUCUCCCUUGUUCUCACAGCUGUGUUUGCUGUGGUGGUCUUUCGGCUGGUGGCCAUGGAACAAUUUGUUUCAUUUGAAUGGGAAUUUGUCAAGAAAAACUGGCAAUUUGCAACUUCAGGAACGGGUGUUUGCAUAAAUUUUGUCAUAAUCAUGUCUCUAAAUGUGGUGUAUGAAAAGGUAGCGUAUCUACUCACAAACUUAGAACACCCCCGCACUGAGUCGGAGUGGGAGAACAGCUUCGCUCUCAAAAUGUUUCUGUUCCAGUUUGUCAACUUGAACAGCUCUAUAUUUUACAUUGCUUUCUUUCUUGGCAGGUUUGCUGGCCGCCCUGGAAAAUAUAACAAACUUUUUCAGAGAUGGAGGCUAGAGGAGUGCCAUCCCAGUGGUUGUUUAAUAGACCUUUGUAUGCAAAUGGGAAUCAUUAUGGUUUUAAAACAAUUUUGGAACAAUUUCAUGGAACUUGGCUAUCCGUUAUUACAGAACUGGUGGUCUCGAAGAAAGAUAAAGAAAGGAGGCCAGUGUUUGGAACACAAAGUUUUAUUACCUCAGUGGGAUAAGGACUGGAACCUGCAGCCUAUGAAUGCUCAUGGCUUGAUGGAUGAAUACCUGGAGAUGGUGUUGCAGUUUGGCUUCACUACCAUUUUUGUGGCUGCUUUCCCCUUGGCUCCCCUGCUUGCACUACUCAACAACAUCAUUGAGAUACGACUAGAUGCCUACAAGUUUGUCACUCAGUGGAGACGGCCAAUGCCAGCAAGAGCCACGGACAUUGGUAUCUGGUAUGGAAUUUUGGAAGGAAUAGGCGUCCUGGCUGUCAUAACAAAUGCAUUUGUCAUUGCCAUUACCUCAGACUACAUCCCUCGAUUUGUCUAUGCAUUCAAGUAUGGCCCGUGUCAAGACCAGGGCUAUAGACAAGAAAAAUGUUUAAAAGGAUAUGUGAACAGCAGUUUGUCUGUAUUCAAUAUGGCGGAGCUUGGCAAUGGGUACGCAGGAUACUGUAGAUAUCGUGACUACAGGGCGCCACCUUGGAGCUCUGCUCCUUAUGAUUUCACACUACAGUUUUGGCAUGUGUUAGCAGCUAGGCUCGCCUUCAUCAUUGUAUUUGAGCACCUGGUGUUUGGUAUUAAAUCUUUCAUUGCCUACUUAAUUCCGGAUAUGCCUAAGGACCUCUGUGACCGCAUGAGGCGAGAAAAAUAUCUAGUCCAGGAGAUGAUGUAUGAAGCAGAGCUAGAACACCUUCAAAAAGAGAGGAAGAAAAAUGGCAAACGAUAUCAUCAUGAAUGGCCUUAGUCAAGACAUGCCAAUGCUUUUGCCAUAUGAAAGUUGGAUAAUUUGGAUCAUUCUCAUUAUGAUGACAGAGAGAGUGCAUCCAGGAUUGUUGGGAAAGGGAAUGGAAGGAGGACUGCCACUGCUGCUUUCUUGUUCUGGUAAUAGAAACCCUUGCAGAUCAGCAAGCAGCAGUCAAAGAGUGGAAGAAAAAAGUGUAGCGUUCAAUAAGAAAGCAACAGUUGUGCUUUACUGCAUUGAUCCGACAAGCCAAACUGAAUGCUAAAUGCUUGUGAGACAUAAAACGUAAUGCUCACAUAGCUUAUUUUAAUAUUUACUAUGCAGAACCAUCUCUGUGCUUUACCACAGUGAUGUCUUUCUCCCAUGCAAAUAAUGCCUAAAAAAUUUCUGUCCUUAAUCUUUUGCCACCAUUCUAACUUGCCCUAACCGUGCAGAGCUGAAAGGUUGUGACUUGCUACACAUUUCAUAUGGUCCUUCCUUGAUGCUGAUAGCCUUUUGUUUCAAGGCUUCACAGACUGAGCAAGUGCAUGUAGCAGAAUGUCAUCUAGAGCUCUGGUUGUGGUGAUGUACAUCCCACCCUUUAGAAGUGGGGACUCAAAGCAUGCAGGUAUUUAUUACAUACAGUAUUGUUUUAUUCUGCUUCCAUCCAGGCACUUAAGCUAAACAAGCAUUCUUUAAGCAAUGAAAGAGGACAUCUCAUGAGCAAUGAAUGCUUCACUUUAAUAGAGAGUGAGAUGGCUCUCUGAAGUUUAUUUUUUUAUGUGCUAUUUUUCUGCUUUUUGGGAGGCAGGGAGGUUUCGUAAUAUUGCUGAACUGUUACUACUGUUGCUAAUAUUGUAAUAUGAUGCCCUCAGCCAUGUCAGCGUAUUGUUGUACAUCUAGCAGGAAUUAAUGCUAUUAUGUAACAGAUGGUUUUGCAUGAUCAGAAUAUAACUUUAAGCACAUUACUUUGUAGGCACUUUAAAGCACUAUCUUCUACUUUCAUUUCAACCCUGAAGUGGUCUUUGUCAUUCUUCUCUGAAACAGGGUUACAGCACCAGAUGCAGGUUCCCGUAGCCUUGUAAGUAAUAAUAUUCUCAGAUAUGAAACUAUGCUGCAUUUUAAUUACUAUGGCACCAUAAAAUGACUAUGCACAUGUCCUGCCUGCACUGUAAAAUCAACAGCAGUAGUAUUAGUGUCACUAUGUCUUUCACGCUGAUAAAUAAUACUUAGUGGUUUUAGCUGGCUCAGGACAUUUUUAAAAUUUAAAACAGCAGAAAGUAGGAAAAAAGAUAGGUUUAGGAUAGGAAUGUUUUUAAGAAAAAAGUCUGCAUUUUCCAAUGGUAUUCACUGUGAAGAUCAGAAUAAAAAAGAUUUGAAAAGCUUCCUAGCACACAACACAGUUUUUUUUCUAUAAAGCUGAAGGGUCCUCCUAACCUUGAAGAGGGUGCUGCUGGCUGAGCUUUAUCCUACUGAUUUGGCAUCUUCUGUAUGUCAAAAGCUUAUGCUUUUGAAAAAUGAUUUUAAAAACUGCAGUCUUUUGACUGGUUGCAUGUUGGUUGGACAUACUGUACAUGUAAGAAUUUCACUGUAACAAUAUGACUACUACUACUAGUUUAUUAAAAAUAUAUUAGAACAUUAGAACAAGGUAGACAAGAACAGGCCAUUCAGCCUAACAAAGCUCUUCCGUCUUAUCCGUUUAAUGCUUCUAAAAUAACAUAAAGUCAAGUUUUCAAAGCCCCUAAAGUCCUACUGUCUACCACACUACUUAGUAACUUAUUCCAUGUGUCUAUGGUUCUAUGUGUGAAGAAAAACGUACUAAUGUUUGCAGAAAAAUUAUUAUAUGAUCUAAUUUAAGCAUUAUAUGAUCUGUUUUUUGCUUAUGUGCGCCCCACGAUUUUAUUUAGUCACAUAUAACCAUGAAAAUUGUGGUUAAAGAAAAAUUUAUUUUUUGCGUUUUAGUGCAUUUAUAACUAAAGUAAAUAAAAUUGUUUUACUUAAAAAAUUUUAGAUAUUUUAUUCUUUCUAUCUCUAUCUCUGCAUGGAUUUUUUUUUUAGAUAUUCCACUUUUCCUGCCACAUUUGAGAAACCAGUGGGCACAAGAAGAUGAGCUAAAUGAGUUUUAAGAGAGCUAAGUAAAGAAAUUCUUGCUCUUCUGGCAUUUCCAGGCUGUUUUGCUAAGCUGCUUGAUGGGAGUGGGCAGAAUUUAAAGGAGGAACCCACAGGUGCUACCUCCUGUCCCAAAAUAGCCAGAACUAAAGUGUAGUUAAAUUCAGACCUCUUUAGUAUUUGAAAUCCAAGGCAGGGCAAAACCACAAUGCUAUUUCUGAACAGAUUAGAGCAGGGGUAGGCAACGUCGGUCCUGGUGAGCCGCAGUGGCUACAGGUUUUCAUUCCAACCCAAUUGCUUAAUUAGAAACCAAUCAUUGCCAAUCUCAGACCUUAUUUAAUUUUAUGGCUUAUUAGUCUGUGCAAUGUAAGACUCUUAUAGCGUAGAUUUUUUUCCUUUCCAAGGAUAUCAUCCAAAUGAUUUGAAGCCUAAAACAGAUCAUUUUCAGUCUGUCACAUUUUUCUAUUAAGUGUUUUAUUAAAUAAACACAGAUGUAAUUGGGAAAAAGCUAGCUGGAGAACUGCUGGCUGCUUUGUCUUUUACAUCUUAUUGCUAAUAAGGAGCAAUUAAAACACUGAAUGCAGCAGUUUAAGAUUGAAAUAAGCAAUUAAGGUUGGAGAACCUUAACA